AUGUUAACAUUUGAUAAAUGCUUUGUGGGAAAUAUCCACCAACUUCUUGGCUCUUUACCUCACUAUUCACUCAGAGACUUGGCCAAGAAGUAUGGGCCAUUUAUGUACCUAAGAUUUGGGGAAGUUCCAACCAUAGUAGUCUCUUCCCCAGAGUUUGCCAAAGAGGUGAUGAGAAAUCAUGAUGCCACUUUUGCAUCAAGACCCCAGAGUUUGUACUCACAGAUUAUGUUGUAUGGAAAUUCUGACAUAGCCUUUGCUCCCUAUGGUGAGUAUUGGAGACAGCUUAGAAAACUAUGUAUGAAAGAGCUUUUGAGCACAGCUAGAGUUCGAUCUUUCAGACACAUUAGAGAAGAAGAGAUGCAUAAUCUCAAGGAAUGGAUUGCUUCAAAUGUUGGAUCGGCUAUCGAUCUUAGUGAUAGGAUUCAAACUUCAACGUAUGGAAUCACUGCUCGGGCUGCCUUUGGUAAGAAAAGCAAAGACCAUGAAGAGUUCAUAUCAAUUGUGGAGGAAAGUGUUAAGUUAGCAGGAUGCUUUAAGCUUAUGAUAGGCCACCGAUCACCUAUGUUUACUCUAGGAAGUAUAAGGGCAAACGUGAGGGUGAGCAGUAGAGAAUAA